AAACUUACACAUAAAACAAUCAACAUACCAACCACAAAAAGACACAAAUAAAAACACAAAAAGCGUGAACCACACGAAACCACCUCAUAAUUCCAUCUCUUCACAAAAACAAUUCUAUAUUUUCCUCUCUCAAUACUCCUCCAUUUCACACACUCUCACCCUUCUCCAAAUUAAUAUCUUAAAAUUAUUAUUCUUCACUCAUCUAACAAACUCACUCUUCACACACACACACACACACACACACACUCUCAACAUCAUCAUGUCGGUAAAAGAGUGUGACCAUCACAAAGGAAGAAAAAGAAUAAUCUUCCGAAAAAUAUUUUGGGGAAUCAUAGUAUUCCUCUUCAUAAUUCUUCUAACAAUUCUCCUCAUAUGGGCAAUCCUAAGACCAACAAAACCAACCUUUGUCCUCUUAGACAUAACCGUAGCGGCUUUCAACGCCACGCAACCAAAUUUUUUAACAUCCAACUUCCAGGUAACCCUAUCAUCCAGAAACCCGAACGACCACAUCGGAGUCUACUACGAUCGUCUGGAUACUUACAUCACUUACCGGAGCCAACAAAUUACUUACCGGACAGCUAUCCCGCCUUCUUACCAAGGACACAAGGAAAUCGACGUUUGGUCGCCGUUUGUUUAUGGUACUGAUGUUCCGGUUGCUCCUUUCAACUUUGUGAGCCUUUCACAAGAUCAAUCUAACGGUAAUUUUUUUGUUAACGUUAAAAUUGACGGUAGAGUUCGUUGGAAGGUUGGUGCGUUUAUUUCGGGUCGUUAUCAUUUACAUGCUCGUUGUCCUGCUUAUAUCUCAAUUGGUAAUAAUGGUAACGGUGUUAAUAUGGGAGAAAACGCCGUUAAGUAUCAGUUGGAUCAACGUUGUUCUGUUAGCGUUUGAGAGUAAAUUAAUUAUUAUCUAGCUACGUUAAUUUUGUGUAUCUAUUUCUUUGUAUUGUAUUUUAUACCGUACGUACUUGUAUUUAUUUUGUAUUUGUGUAUUUGAAUUUUACCGUUUGCUAUAGAAUAUUAUAGAGAAUUAUGGGAAAAGAUGAAAGAUUCAUCUGAAGUAUAGCAAAAUUACAUGUAAUAAUAACAUGUAUAUGUACUAUUAUAUGCCGACAUAAUGGAACCGCAAGGUUAAUAAAUUAUGUAUAUGUUGGUUAAAUUUAGAUAGGAAAUAAGUGGAUGAUGAAGAAUCCAUUGUCA